AUGGAAACUUACAUCGAUCCAGAUUUCUUGAGUAGGGUCAUUGGGAAAACCAUCAAAAUCACACUGACCUAUGGCUGCUUCCAGGGUGUCUUAAAUCAUGUUGACCCGGGCCGAACAAUCCUUGUAAGCAAAGUUAAAGAUUUGAGUACAGGCAAGACUCUUCCUGGAACUCAGCUUUUUUUUGGACAAGAAAUCUUAAAUGUUGAAUUGCAUAAAGAUUUGGAUUGUGAUCAAGAGACAAAAGGACAAACAACUGAAGAGAGAGAGCAUAGUCCAUCAGAGGAGUGUUUGAAAAAUGGUGAAAAUGUUGAUGUAGAAACAAGUGAGAUUCUUUCUACAGUUCCUCAAGAAAUAAGCGUCAACGUUUUGCAGUUCAUAAAGCGUGCAGCUGUCACACAAACUGUGAAACUUAUGGCAUGUGAGGAAGAUCUCCAGCCCUCACCUACUCGGCUGUUUCUAGUGUGUGUCUGCUGUAUGGAGGAGGAGGGCUGCACUUCUUCCUCUGACAUUCUUCAUUUAAUUGGAAGUGCUUAUAGCUUGCUGCCCAACACCCUCCGUGUAGUACUAGAUACAGAAUUUAUCAAUAAAUGGAACAUCAUUCUGGACACUUGCUCUUUCGCGCUUAUCGAGCUACUAAUAGAAUUUAAACAAAAGCAGAGGAAGGAAUUACUAGAAGAAAUGAAAGCCAUACAGGAAAGAUUAAAGGCUAUGCAGAAGGAUCCUGAGUUCAAACUCUAUGAUAAGAAUUUUGAAAAAAGCAUGAUAGCAUUCCGCCAAGAACUAUGGGAGUUCAAGUCCAGAAAAAUGAAUCGUGAUAAACAUGAUUAUGAUCAUCACAAUGUGUACAGGUGGGAUACAAUGGAUAACUUUGGAAGAGAAUCUAAGAAAGGUGGGAGAAGAUGGUUUAAGAAUCUGAAUAAGAAGACCAAACAAGUCACAUUCUCUGAUACAGAAUAUGAGGUAGAGUCAUCUGAAGGAGAAACAAAUAUAGAGGAUGAAGAACCCACAGUAUUACAGGCUGCCUUUGAAGGAUCAAAAGAAACACAGUCAAAAAACGGACAGUCAAGGACUCAAAAUCCAGGAAGAAAAAAACACACCGAGGAAAAAGGGGGAAAGGAAGAAAAAUUGAAAUACAAAAAACAAGACAAGAAGAAGAAGGAACAACAAAGGGUCUAUGUGCAAAGGGAGACAGAAAUUGCAACUUUCACAAUUACUGGGGAAGGUUUAACAUUCUCUGAAGAAUGUUCAGUAAUAGAUCUACAGGAGUUAUUAGAUACAAGAACAGGGGAAAAUCUCAUUAAGGAGAGGGACUUGGAUUUUUCCAAGUUUAGAAAACGGAGCAACUUUUACCCUGUAAAUUCUAGAACUCACCCUGUGGAGACCUUUCAAAAGGUAGUAGAACGACAGCUCAGGGAGCUCAGUGAAAAAACUAAAAAAUGUAAACAUAACAUGACACUCAAAGAGAAGGAAGCACUGAACAAUAUUUCUAGCGAUGAUAGAAUUAUUGUACGUCCCUCAGACAUGGGAGGGAAUGUCGUAAUACUAAAUAGGUCAGAUUAUAUAGCUGAGGCAAAACGACAGUUUCAAGACAUGGAUGAUGAAGAAGUGAAAUUCAUAGUAGUUGACCAGUUCCAACCAUUGUUUGGCUCAGCUAUCCGUCAUAUUCAGAAUCAAAGUGUUCUGGGUUUAGGUGCUGCAGGAAUGAAUUUGUGUCGCCAUGGAAAGCUUUGCUGGCUGCAGGUUGCAACCAGGAAUUGUAUUUAUCUUUUUGAUAUUCUUGUGCUUGGACCAAAGGCCUUUAAAAAUGGGUUGCAGAUGGUGCUGGAAAAUAAGCACAUCUUAAAGGUGAUACAUGACUGUCGCCGGAUGGCUGAUUUUCUGUCCCACCAGUAUAGGGUUGCCCUCAACAAUGUGUUUGACACUCAGGUAGGUGAUGUAUACCUGUUUUCUGUUGAGACUGGUGGUUUUCUUCCCAGUUGCACAAGUACCCUGGAGGAAUGUCUGAGGCAUCACCUCAACAUGCCACCCUCACGGCUGUCCUUUCUCACCCACAUACAGAAGUUAGUAAAGGAGAACAACAAGGUCUGGUUUGAGCGCCCACUGUCACAACCUUUGCUGAAAGUAUUAGCCCUUGAAGUGUUACAUCUCUUACCCCUGCGUUUGGUCAUGCUGGAUGCCAUGAUGUUUGAUUUCACUUCCCUUGUUGAUGGAUAUCUUAAUACAUAUCGACAGAGAACAAUGGAGUUGUUGGGCAGUACUGAGCUUUCCAGCUCUGAACUACCUGAAGAACUGCAGCGGCUCAGUGUCUUGCAGCAAAUGAAACGAGAAAAAGCAUUAAAGGAGUAUGAGAUCAACAGCAAAGGGUUUCUAAUUAGGGGCAAAACGAAUACAGACAGUCAGAAAACUGAGACCUUCAGGGUACAGAUGUUCUUGCCAAGUGACAAAGAACCAGCUGUGAAUAUAAAUGGUAGAAAUGAACCACAGAUUCCUCAAGUUGAGAAAAAGGAGUGUGAAUUGUUUGUUUCUGAGGAGGAGGAAGUUAAACAACUUAUUGAUUCCACACUUAAUAUAUCCGAGAAACCUCUGCAUCAGAACCUAAUAGCUGCGUCCUAAUGGGCCAAAG